AUGUCAUCAACAUCAUCUCAGCUUGUUCAGUACGUAGUGGUAAGAGGUGAUCUCCUGAGGUUGCUGUCAUGGCCGAUAGGAGCCGUAAUAGCACAAGCUUGUCAUGCAAGCACAGCUGCCCUGUGGAUGCAUUGUGAUGAUUCUAACACACUCCAAUAUACUAGUGACUUGGAUAAUAUGCACAAGGUUGUGUUAGAGGUAAGCUUUUCGUAAUUAUCUCUUUACACCCUAACAUCAGUAUGCAUAUUCUCCCUAUACUGUUCUCUAUAUAUUUCCUAAGAUGCUGACAAGGAGAGUUUGUCUAAUGAUCAAGAACUUCUCUUUAGUUGAUGAUCGUUUCCUUUAUCCCCAUGACCUUACUGUGUGAUUUGAAGGUGAUACUGUAAAGAAGAAAUUAGAUUCUAGUCACUAACCAUUAGGCCACUGCAACUCCCACCUAAGUUACGAUGGAGCAUGAAAAUUUUCCAAGUUCUUAUUUUUGCAUAUGACUUUAGUUCCCACUUAAUAAAAAAAACCCUCAAAUUGAAAUGGUAUGGCAAUGGACUCUCUUCAGUCAUAUUCAAACAAUGCUUCUGAUCUGGUAAACUUGUGCCCUGUGAGCAAGAUGAAAUGGACUCAAAUAAGAACAUUGGCUUGAUUUUCCUUAGUAAGGACAGGCUUUCUGUUUUGUUUUGCUGUUUUUCAGUUCCUUUUGUGCAGUAAGAUAUUGCAGUGAUACUGUAUUUCCUUGAAUAAGCACCUGCAAAAAUUUCAGUGUAAAGGAAGGCCACUUAAUUGAUUUGAAUCAUUAUCAAGAAACUAUUAAUCUUUUUUUACUCCACUGAAGUUGAAGCCUAGAAAUUCCAAUUUAAAUAAAGUUGCAUUAGAACCAGGUUUUCCUUGUAUCCAUACUAAUUUAAGAAAGUGAGGAAGGAGGAGGGGGGUGCUUAUUUUAGAGGGGUUCUUCUUUGAUAUUAUGGACCAGGGUAUUAGAGUAUGCAGGCUAAUGUUCAAGGAAUUACAGUAUGUCUCUGAAAUUUCAAUUGAGAGAAACAUAACAUUACAUGACAUAACAUACCUUACAUGAAAAGUUGAAAAUUAAAUGUGCUGCUCCUCUGAUACUUGAACAGAAAACCCCAAAAAUUAUUUCGCAGAUGAAAUGUCUGUCUUCUUGAUCUGCAAAAAUUUUGUUUCCACAAACACUGCUAAGUGAACAAAAGUGCAUACAGAGUACAUAUGCACAUAUAUAGAGCACAUUAAAGUCAAGGAUGUGGUCCAAGGUUUACAGUAAAUGGUUUGAAUGGGGUAGUGAAAUCUGAUCAUAAGGGUGAGAGUAGUCUUGAAAAGGACUGUUGUCUGCAGCAGUGACUGAUUUUUUACAACUUGAGCACAAGUUACUCUAAUAAUGACUUUCCACUGAGGUUGUAAAAAACCUUAGUCAAUUCUACCAACAACAGUACUUUUCAAGACUUAUUCUCAGGAGAUGAUCAUGCCACAUCAUUAAAUCUCUCCUUCCAUAUGACCCUAUCUAAUUUCAUGUAAAACCCAUAGCUUUGGACUCAAAUGAAACAUCCUUUUUUUCUUUUCUCACUCAGGCCCCUAGUCAAGAUGAACUGGAGAAAUUAUCAGGGAAACUAUCUGCCGAUGAAAUUGAUCACAAACUGUGGAUUGAACAACCAGAGAACAUUCCUACCUGUCUUGCAACCAAACCCUAUCCGAAACAACAAAUACAAAGUUAUUUUAAAAAGUUUAAAUUAUUUAAAUAA